AGCGGGCCCUUUUGAUAUCUCCUUAUUUGGUGCCGUUUCAUCCGAGUCGCCCUUCCUCGCAUCCACAUAUGGGUUUGUGUAAAUAGCGCAACAAUUUCCACUUAUCAGUAGAUUUCGCCAUGGCAACGCCACGCAUGGACCCCAGUGUGCUGGAGAUUGCGGACAUCCUCAGAGGCCCUGCCGCGGAAGAGGCCUUUCUGCGUGGAGUCGGGCUGGUGCCGACGCCGACAGUUCGACCUCAGAGUACCGGAUCCCGUCAAGGCCAUCCACCGAUGUCUGAUUACGGGGGCGUCUGCAAAGAUCUUGGGUUCAAUCCCAGCAAGCCAGUAUGCGAGGGAGAAGUCAUCACAUACCACCGCCGGUGCGUAAUAGGUAUCAGACCAAGCUUUAAGUGCAAUCGCUGUAGAAAGCAGGUUUCUCAGCUGCGAGGUACCGAUGCGCUGCACGGGCAGCAAGGGCGGGGCUCAUUUUUUGCCUGCACCGACGUACUAGGGCGUCCGAACGUGAAACUCUCAAGAAGAGAGAUAAUCUGGCUGACGUACGCCUUGGCGAAUGGGCUCUCGUCCAGGAGCACGAAAAAGCUGGUGCAGAAUGUUUUCAAAAUGAGCAAUAGCACCCGCACCGACUGGCGAAAUUAUAUUAGGGAGGUGGCGCUGGCAGAGCUUCUAGAACAGCCGCCAAUGGGAGGUGUAGGCCAGGUGGUUCAGAUCGAUGAGUGCCUAAUGAGAGGCAAACGCAAAUCGAACCGAGGUCGCCUCCUUGCUGGUGACAACGUUCCUUCCAGGCGCCAAAAUAACUACGGCGGUGUAUCGAACCGAGGCCCUUGGAUUUUUGGCAUGAUAUGCGUGCAAACAAAGGAGCUGAGGCUGUUCGAGGUAGACAAGAGAGACGCGGCUACCCUCGGCCCCCUCAUCGCCAAAAAUGUCCUCCGAGGCACCACAGUUUACAGCGACGAAUGGGCUGCGUAUCAAUGCAUACCCAGCCUUGUGGACGCCAAUGGAGCGCCACUGAAUCUGGACUGGCACACCGUCAACCACAGCGUCAACUUUGUGGACCCUGUUGGACCCUGUAACAGGGGCCAACACCCAAUGCAUAGAGAGCGAGUGGCAGAAGGCAAAGCGCCGACUCGUUCGGAAUGGCAGCGGAACGUCGCCGGCCCUGCUGCGCUCGCACCUUGCCUGGAUGUGGUGGAUGUCGCUCAAUGGGCGACCGGGGAUCACAGACUGCUGCCUUCGGCUGAUGGAGGCAAUCGCCCGCCGGUACCACCUCUAAGACAACCUCGAGCAACUGCCUGA